UCCGCAUCACCACGCCCCGGCGACGCAGCCGAUCGCCACCGUCUAGCCUAGAACCCCGGCUCCUAGAAGCUUCACGACUCCGUCAUGCAUCCGGCCUUCCUCGCCGCCCUCCUCCUCCUCUUCGCCGCCGCGGCCUCCCCGGCCGCCGCACUCUACUCCGCCGGCUCCCCGGUUCUCCAGCUCAAUCCCAACAACUUCAAAAAGGUGCUGAACGCGAACGGGGUGGUGCUGGUGGAGUUCUUCGCGCCGUGGUGCGGGCACUGCAAGCAGCUGACGCCGACGUGGGAGAAGGCCGCUGGCGUCCUCAAGGGCGUCGCCACCAUCGCCGCGCUCGACGCUGACGCGCACAAGGAGCUCGCGCAGCAAUAUGGAAUACAGGGAUUCCCAACUAUAAAAGUGUUUAUCCCUGGUAAGCCACCAGUGGAUUAUGAAGGAGCAAGAGAUGUAAAGCCAAUAGUAAAUUUUGCUCUGCAGCAGGUUAAGUCUCUUCUUAAAGAUAGGCUGGAUGGUAAGACAUCAGGAGGUUCAAGUGGCAAGACCUCUGGUGGUUCAAGUGAGAAGAAAACUGAUACUAAUGAAUCGAUAGAAUUGAAUUCAAGUAACUUUGAUGAACUUGUCAUCAAAAGCAAGGACCUUUGGAUUGUGGAGUUCUUUGCACCGUGGUGUGGGCACUGCAAGAAAUUGGCACCUGAAUGGAAAAGAGCUGCAAAGAACUUGAAGGGCCAAGUGAAGCUAGGUCAUGUUGAUUGUGACUCUGAUAAGUCCUUGAUGAGCAAGUACAAGGUAGAAGGCUUUCCAACCAUUCUGGUAUUUGGGGCUGACAAGGAGAGCCCGUUCCCGUACCAGGGGGCCAGAGCUGCAUCUGCCAUCGAAUCCUUCGCACUGGAGCAGUUGGAAGCCAACUCUGCUCCACCUGAAGUUUCUGAGUUGACUAGCUCAGAUGUCAUGGAAGAGAAGUGUGCUUCUGCUGCCAUUUGCUUUGUAUCUUUCCUUCCGGACAUCCUAGAUUCAAAGGCAGAAGGAAGGAACAAGUACCUUGAGCUGCUCCUUUCUGUUGCUGAGAAAUUCAAGAAAAGUCCAUACAGUUUUGUCUGGACAGGUGCUGGCAAGCAGGCUGAUCUGGAGAAGCAGGUGGGGGUUGGUGGUUACGGCUAUCCGGCCAUGGUUGCUCUGAACGUGAAGAAAGGCGCAUAUGCUCCACUUCGUAGUGCCUUCCAGCGUGACGAAAUUAUCGAGUUUGUGAAGGAGGCGGGGCGCGGUGGAAAGGGAAACCUUCCUUUGGAUGGUGCCCCCACGGUUGUACAGUCCGGGCCAUGGGACGGCAAAGAUGGAGAGGUGAUCGAAGAGGACGAGUUCUCGCUUGAGGAGCUCAUGGGCGACAACUCUCCACCGAAUGACGAGUUGUGAUUCUGAAACGAUCUUAGCGUCGAUUAGCCGGACUGUAAAUCGAAGGAACACUGAUGCUUCACUUUGUUUUGAUGAACUGUACAAUUUAGAAUGUUUUUCUUGAUGCUAGAAUCAUUUGAAGUCGAAGAAAAACUUGGAAGUGCGAGGCGUGGUGUUUUUGUCCAUGAAAUAAAAUCAAUUAUAAGCUCAGAUGCCUCUCCA